CUCAGGGAGUUCGUGACUCAAGAGACUUGCCAACUGCUGGUUGGGAAGAUGAUUGUUCAGCCAGAGAGACAAAGGUCAGGGAGGUCGGGAGCCUUCAAUAAAUCCUGCCGCCAGUGUCAGACUGAGCGUCCCCAUUGGUGUGAGCGCGGAGUCUCCUGCGGGCUCUGCUGGUCACUAAAAUGUGUCUGACGGUGAGAACAUUGAGCAGCAGAAUCAGGAGAAAUGGGACCCCCGGGGUUAGAAUGUGGUGGAGGAACUCGAUUGUGACCCAGACACUGGAGAAUACAACAGCGACUGUUACAUCACAAAACCAGGGGGCGUUCCCCAGCAAAUACCGAGCCCUUCUGGCAACAAAUGGCCACAAACCGAUCAAAGGUGAAAGUGACGGUGAACCAGACAGAGCAGUCAGUGGCUGCAUAAAGCAGGACGGCGUGGAUAUUACACACGGGGACGGAGUCCCUCAGGAAAUAAAACUGUUCCUGAUAAACAAUGGGAAUGUGUCUCAGGAUCAGGUCGAGGAUAAUGACCAGGAGAUCCGCCGCUGCCAUGGCCCCCAGGUAUCUGUGUUAGCUGUCUGGAUACAGAAUUGGCUGGCCAGCAGAAGACAGCGAGUGGUAGUGGAAGGAAAAUAUUCUGCCUGGAAGUCUGUGGGACAUAUAAACAUAUCUUCAAAGCGACCGAGACCAUUUCCUGCUCAGGGUAUGGCUCUGUGUAUGACAGCAGCAAUGAUGCACCGACAUGGAACAGGGAAUGUGAUGGAGACAUAGUUUGGACAAUGUACAAGGAGACCUCACAUGGUCCAGUUUGGGAGAGAAUGACAUUAUUGUGUGAUUCAGCUCAGAGAGGGAGAAAAUGUCACCUGCCAGAGAAGAAACGGCCUCUUGCACUCUCUCCUUCAUUAUUCCUCAUCACAGUAACGUGUGCGAGCUAAAACAAAACUCUACUGUCAUCGUUACCAAUCUUAUUUUUAUAGAAUCCCAGCAGUGUGGAAACAAGCCCUUCGGCCCAACAAGUCCAUACUAACCCUCCAAUCAGUAACCUUCCCAUGCCCUUACAGUUACCACUGACUAGUGCACCUAAAGUAGAAAUCGCUGAACACUAUGGACUAUUUGACCAAUCCACUUGAAUUAUACAGCUUUGGGCUGUGGGAGGAAAUGGGAGCACCCAUCAGAAGCUCACACAGACAAGGGGAGAAGAUGCAAACUCCACGCAGAUAGUCUCCCGAGGCUGGAAUUGAACACAUGUCCCUGAUGCUGUGAUGGAACAGUGCGAACUACUGAGCCACUGUGCUAACCUGGGACAUCCUGCCAGCCUAAUGCAAAGGGAAUUCCGCCAAAUCCAACUCUCCCAGGAUAAAAUCCCAUUGCUAGCAGCUGUGUGAGUACAAUAUCUUCAGAAGCAGAGUAACAUUUUGGACAAUCUCUCAAUUUUUCCUUUUGUCAUUAGUUACACUAAUAUUUGGACAAGGUUCUUUCAAUGUGAAAUUGCAGAGAUUGUGUGUGUGUGUGUGUGUGUGUGUGUGUGUGUGUGUCAGUGUUUUUAGAAAGGGAAAUAUUGAUUAUGUAUUUGCAAUACCCAAACAGUUUGCCAUCCAUUUUUCCAUCAUAGUUGGAGUAACAUUGCUCUGGAUCAUAAACGUGCUAUUUCAGCAGAUUACAGAAACCAGCCUGACUUGUUCCUAAAACUGACCCUGACCCAGUCUGAGACCGAUAUCAUCGGCCACAUCACCAACCUGGUUACAUUUAACAUUUGUUGUGAGCAGUGGAGGAGUGGGACUAGAAAAGGAAACAGUGACCCAAAAAGCCGGGGAACUGUAGACCGGUGAGCCUGAUGUCAGUGGUGGGUAAGUUGUUGGAGGGGAUUCUGAGGGAUAGCAUUUACAUACAUUUGGGAAGGUAAGGGCUGAUCGGGGUAGGAAACGUGGCUUUCUGCAUGGGAAAUCAUGUCUCAUUAAUUUGAUUGAGUUUUAUGAAGAGGUGACAAAGAAGAUUGAUGAUGGCAGUUUGGUAGACAUUGUCAAUAUGGACCUCAGCAAGGUGUUCACAACAUUCUGAUUGGUAGGCAGAUUAGUAAGGUUCGGUCACAUGGGAUAGAGAGGAAGCUCGUCACAAUUGGCUUGAAGGAAGAGGGAUAUUUUUCAGACUGGAGGCUUGUGAGCAGCAGUGUGCUGUAAGAAUCAGUAUUGAGUUCACAAAACAUUUCAUCAUUUAUGUAAAGGAUUUAGAUGUGGAUAUUGGGACCAUAGUUAGUAAGUUUACAGACAACAUCAGAAAGGUGGUGUAGUAGAUUAUCUCAGAGUACAACGAGACCACAAAUAGAUGGGACAAAGGGGCAAGGAGUGACAGAUGAAGUUUAAUUUAGAUAAAUACGAAGUUAAGCAUUUUGGGAAGGUAGAUCAGGGCAGGAAUUACAUACUUAAUGGUAAGGGCCUGGUGAGUGUUGUGAAACAAAUGGACAUAGAGCUGCAGGUACAUUGUUCCUUGAAAGUGGAGUCGAAUGCAGACAGUGUGGUACAGAACAAAUUUUACAAAUUUGCCUUAAUCAGUCAGAGCAUUGAGUAUAGGAGUUGUGGUGGCAAGUUGCAUCUGUACAGGAUGUUGGUGAGGCCACUUUAAGAAUACUGCAUCCAACUCGGUUUUCUGCAGAAAAGAUUUACACGGAUGUCCCAGGACUGGAGGUUUGAGCUUUAGGGAGAGGUUGAUUAGUUUGAGGUGUUUCCCCUGGAGUGUCAGAGGCUGAAGGGUGACAUUAUAGAGGUUUAUAAAAUCAUCAGGGGCAUGGAUAUUCUGAACAGCCAUGUUCUGCUCCCCAGGGUAGGGGAGUCCUGAACAAGAGAGCAUAGGUUGGAGGGGAGAGGACGAAUGAUUUAGAAGGGACGUGAAGAUAAAUGUUUCACACAGAGUGGUGUGUGUACAUAAAGUGCUGUCAGAGGAAGUGGUGAAGGCGGUUACAAUCACACAUUUAAAAAAGUAUCUGAAAGAGGAGGGAUAUUGGCCAAAUGCUGGGAAAUGGGACUGGAUCAGAUUUGAAAUCUGAUCGGAGUGAACAGAUUGGACUAACGGGUCUGUUUCCGUUCUGCAAGAUUCUCUGAUUCUAUAAGAGGGAUGACGAAAAAUUCUGGAAGUACCUUUCAAAUCCGAAUCCUCUUCACUGGAAGUUUAUCUUGCCGCUAUGUUCAUAUUGAUUGAAAGCUGCGUUCGUGAAAUAUUUGACAGAGAACUGAGUCAUGGGUAAUGGGGCGCGGACAGGAAAGUGGGGCUGAGACCACAACCUGAUCAGCCAUAAUCUUAGUGCCUGGUGGAGAAGGUUCAACGUAUCUAAUGACUCACUCCUGUCCCUCAAUCCCGUGUUCCUGUGUUCCAUUCAGACCAUUAAACCUGUUAGGCAGGAGCAUUUAGGGGCUACUUACUUCUAUAACCUGGUGCACAGAAACAGAGGAGAUCAUUCGGCCCUUCAAUAUUGUCCCACAUGCUUUGAGUGAUUUGAGAAAUGUAAUUGUAAAACCCAGGCUGGGUAUGAAAGAGGCCCCUCAUCUCUCUUUAUAGAGAUUCCCCUCUCUGAAACUUGUGCUCCGUUCGUUGGUCAUGUUGUAGACCCAAAUUCACUAUGAAUACAGCCCCCAUACCUCACCCAGCGAUGGCUCACAAAAUCCUCUUGUCUCUCUGACGGCAACAUUCAAUAACAGAACAUUCAUGAAAAUAACACCCACUAACUUUCCAAUAACAGAAUGUGUGAACAUCAGACACAGGGGCAGGUCGUUCACUCCCCAAGCCUUCCUUCUCCUCCACUAAGAUCAUGGCUGAUCUGCUCUUGGUCUCAAAUCCUCUUUCGCAUCCAAUUCUUCAUUGCCCUCAACUCUCUGACAGGACACAUGGGUUCAGAUAAAAAUAACUGACCCUGAUAUCAAGGCUUCUGUUGACUUCUGUUGACAUCAAGGAUCUUAACAAAUCUGAACUUAAUGGGAAUCGGAGAAAACUCUACAGUAUUUGGAGUCAAACAUGGCACAAAGGAAGAUGUUCAUCAGCUCAGUCCUGGGUCACCUCUGUGGGAGAUCCUCAGGGUAGCUUCCUCUUCACAAACACCUUCAGCUGCUUCAUCAAUGUCUCCCCACCCUCACCCUCCUCACCAUAAGAUCCGAAGUGGGGAUGGUCAAUGCGGAUUCCACAAUGUUCAGAAUAAUUUGACGCCCCCGUCAGCUCCUGAACUGGAUUGUGUCCAUGUGAAGCAAGACAUGGACACCAUUGAGGCUUGUGCUUUUAAAGAGUCCAUAACAGUCAUAUAAAGGACUGUCUGACAAUGCAUAUUGCCACAGUAAAAUAAGAGUUCAUUCCGCACCUCACACUGGUUUCACAGGAAUAUGAGGAAGUCGUUCAGCCCAUUGACACUAUUGGAGAAGCGCAGGGACAGCCCAUUCAGUGCCUCCAAAAUAUUACUCAGGAAGAGAAGGAUUCUAGUGUGAUGGGCCACACCAGAGCCCCUCGACAAUAUUUGAAGGCGGUAGCUGAGACUCUAAUGUUUCCUAAUUUCAAAGAAAAUGUAAAUUGUCUAUUCCAGAUGCAAUGUGAGUGGUCAAACUACUUGGUGUGAAGCAAAACACCAUUUACUUAAACAUGAUAGAUGAAAUAAAACCAAAGAAAGAAGAAUUUAGAGUAACGUAUUUAUAUUAGACAAGUUAACAGAAUAAUAGAUCUAGGAACUAAUACUAAUGACCGUUCUAAUACUGGAAAUCAUAUGAACACAGCCCUUGGCAAAAAGGGAUAUUCAGACACUGAUUGACACAAAUAUUUCUCCAAUUCAGGAUUUCAAAACAGCACCAAGAGAAAAUCCAUACAGAGUAGCUGCCAGGAGACAUUCACUAAAGUUUUCAACUCAGUGGAGACCCCAAUAAUUUCUGAUGUUACUGAGAAACCAAAACCCAGAAAUCCUAAUUUGUUAGAGCUGACCACACCCAUUCCAUCUGCAGUAAAAUAAACCUAAGGCCUCACUAGUUAUUUACUCAAGUGGUCUUAACUAGCCAGCUGGGUAACAGUCAUUCAAUCUUUCUCUUAAAAGAAACCAGAACAAAAUAACCUCUUAAAGCUACAGCAUCAUCACACUAGUCAGCACAUCGAGCUGUCAUACAGGAACUAGCGGUAACCAGUCAGGCCCUUGGCCCUGUCCAAUCGGACGAGGAAGAAGCCAGUCAGUCCCUUGAGUCACUUAUUCAGGAACAGUAGGAGGCCAUUCCCACCUCAAUGCACUUACACAGGGGCAGAAUGAGGUAAUUGAUGCUGAUUCCUGAUGAAUGGCUUAUGCUCGAAACAUCGAUUCUCCUGCUGUGCUUUUCCAGCAAACCACUGUCUACUCUGAUCUUCAGCAUCAACAAUCCUCGCUAUCUCCUAAUUGAUGCUCUAACAUGGUGAACAAGUGGAGCAGAGGCUGCACAGACAGACUGCUCCACGUUGUUCUUCUUAGCUCCGUCUGUCAUGAUACACACGUGGGACUUUAACGCGGUUUUCUAGUGGUGAGGAGGGAAGCCAGAUGUCUUGUGUGAAGUCACAAGAAGGCACCUUCCAUCUCCGAGAAGCCAGCCUGGUGUUCUCUAUGUAGGGUGGAAGCUGGUGGGAAUGGCUACCUGUUUCAGAUGGAAGGUAUUGUGGCUGCUGUUGGGGAUUGUGAGUAACCUGACGUUCAGUACGGGUUCACACGCCAACUGCAAAAUAAUGUGGGGAGAGUUAAUUUAGGCAAAUAAACUAUUAGGAAAGUCACGUUAGACUGAUGGAUGGACUCUCUAAGUUCAAAUAAUGCUGAUCUUGUUCAUGUCGAUCUUGUCUCGUGCACGUCCUGUUCAGUGUAACCUGUAUGCCUUACUCUGUCCAAGUCUAUUUCCACCGCAUGAUCUGUCUGGCCAUGUUUACUAUGAUCUGCCUCCACUGCUCAUAAAUAAAGUGUUUCCCUGUACUGAGGUACACGUGGCAAUAAAUCACACCAAUUAAUCCUGGGUAAAGUAUGGAAUUUCUCACCCUAUCAAUGUCUCUUUUGGAAAUAAGUGAUCGCUGCCACUACUCAAGUUUAACGUCACCAUUUCAUCUUCUCUCACAACUCUACUGAU